AUGCGAUCAGCCUGGACCUAUCUGUCCACAAUGCUUCUGGACCCCUGGCCGCAGAAUUCAUCAAGGAAGCUCAAGGAAUAUCCCACUGCGCGCCCAGUAUGCCUCGUUAUCAAGACCUUCCUCAAGGAGCUGGACCUCAACGAGGUGGCCUCUAGGGGCCUGGGCGGUUACACACUUGCCAACAUGGUCCUGGCGCAGUGCCUGGAAGACAUGGGCAACCCUGCCGAGGAGGACUAUGGCGAGGCGCUGCUCAACUUCCUGGAGCUGUUUGGCACACGGUUUGACUAUGUUCGACAGGCUGUGUGCCUGCGGCGCGACGGCGUCCUGACCAAGAAGCAGAUCGAGGAGGAGGCACGCAAGUGGAUAUUCAACCCGGCUUGGGAGGGGAGGACGGACAGGAAGAAGAGGCUGCUGGUGGAGGACCCACUCACGGGACUGAACAUCUCGGGUGCGAGCUCGCGGUAUGGCGAGAUCAGGGGGCACUUCUCGCGGGCUUGCGGGGAACUGAAGAGGGAAACGGAGAAGGGGGAAAACGUCAACCCCCUAAACGUGCUGCUUGAUGUGGCCGAGGUGAUCCGCAGGCCAGAGGUGCCCAACAGGCCACACAGAAUACACACCGCCAGGAGAAGGAGGCUGGAGCAUACCGGCGAGACCGUGAUGCGCCUGCGAGCGCCUCAUGCCAUGGGGUGCAGUGCGGUGAGGCUGUGUUGA